AUGGAAUCAUACUUCCAAUACAAGCGAAUUCAGCGCGCGGUCAAAGAGCAGCUAGUCAACGAGAAACACAGCGUUGGCAGCGCGGGAGCUGGGGAUCAGGGUGAUGACAGUGGCAAUCAUCUUUCAUCGCUAGAGAAGGAAUCUUCAGUGGCCCAAUCAAAAGAAGUGCAGAAUGAUGAUACUAUCCUUGUGGAUUGGGAUGGCAAAGAUGACCCUCUAAACCCAGCAAACUGCAGCGUCCCCCGAAAGCUGUUCAUGACCCUUCUGGUGUCCCUAAUUGCAUUUGCUGUCACAGCAGCUUCGGCCAUCGACGCCUGUGGUGUCAAACAGUAUAGUGACUAUUUCAAUGUAUCUGAAGUGGUCGGCUCUCUUGCAACAGGUCCGUCAGUGAAACCUAACAUGAGAUGUUGCAUGCUAACGCAAGACCUAGGUCUUUUCCUUGUCGGGUUUGGAGUCGGCUCACUACUUUCUGGCCCCUUCUCCGAAACAUUCGGACGCAAUGCAGUCUACCUGAUCACCAUGUUGGUCUUCCUCAUCUUCGUCAUGGCAUCCGCUGUGGCCCCCAAUCUUCACAGCCAUCUGGUAUUCCGAUUCUUCGCUGGUUUCUUCGGCUCUACUCCUCUGAGCUGUGCUGGUGGCACUGUCGCCGACUUGUGGAAUCCUGUCCAAAAGGCAUACGCGUUCCCCGUAUACGCCAUCCCGGCCUUUAUCGGACCAAUGGGCGGACAGAUCAUUGGUAGUUAUGUGCCCAUGACAUUGGGGUGGCGUUGGCUCGAAUGGCUGAUGCUGAUUAUGGGAGGUGCCAUCCUGAUUUUGGUCGUGCUCAUGCAACCCGAGACGUAUGGAAACCUACUUCUACACUGGAAGGCUUCAAUCCUCCGGAAAGAGACUGGUGAUCAAAGAUACAGGGCUCCAAUGGAGCUGAGAAGUGAAAGCCUUGGAAAACGCCUCCUCACUGCUAUCUAUCGACCUUUCCUGUGGAGUUACACCGAGCUGAUCAUCAUUUUGAUGUCAGUGUAUCUUACUGUGGUGUAUAUUGUGCUGUUUACUUUCUUGGAGGGUUACACCUACGUCUUUGGCGAGCCAUAUGGUUUAUCGUUAGGAUUGACCAAUGUUUCCUGGGCAGGUAUGCUCGUCGGUAUUGUUUUGACCGGCUGCGUUGUCCCAUUGGUUUACUCAUGGACUGCGAAAGAGUACCAAAAGACUGGUCGGAUUCUUCCCGAGACGCGUCUCUGGUACGCAAUGCUUGGCGGUGCACCCGCUGUUCCUGUCAGUCUCUUCUGGAUGGGUUGGACCAACUAUCCUUCCAUCUCAAUUUGGUCCCCACUCAUUGCCUCUGUGUUGUUUGGUUACGGGAUUAUGUCAAUCUUCCUGGUUGCUUAUAUGUAUAUCAUCGAUGCAUACGGCGUCUAUUCUGCUUCCGCUCUGGGCUUCCUUGUGUUCACCAGAUAUGUUGUUGCUGGGGGUGUCACUGUUGCUGGAGGACCGAUUUACCAGGCUAUUGGUGCACACUACACGCUUACCAUCCUGGGAUCUAUCAGUGCGGUGAUGGCGGUUAUCCCUUACCUGCUUUAUAUCUAUGGUCCUCAAAUUCGGAAGCGCAGUAAACAUGCUGUCAAUUUGGAUUGA